UUUAUGUUCUUUUCGAGUUUGAAUCUUCGUUUUCUAGAAUUUGGUGAGCUACAGUUCAGGUUUCUAAAUUUUAGUUGGGUAAUUGAGUUUCCAGGUAAAGUAGGAAUCUUUGGAUCUGAGUGUGGUUCAAUUCUCUCAACAGUCAGCACAACGACGACUUUGAUGACAUGUGUUCCUUCUCAAUCUAAGAAGCUUCACAUCAAAUUUUUGGCCUUCUAAAGUUUUGCGACUCUCAGAAGCAAACCAUGAGUUGGGAGAACAUGGGGUUCGACCAAUAUUUGAAGAGUGCGGUGUUACGAAAAUGUACUUUGCUCCUUUGUAUUGGCUGCUUCUGCGCGGUAUCCUCUUCUCGGACAGGUUAGUAAGCCGAAAGCAAGUGAGGUUGGUGAAAGUGCAUAACUAAUUAAAAACUAAAGACAAUGCAAAUAAACAAAAGGAAAUAACUUCAGGUUAGUAAACCGGCAGCAAAUGA